AUGUUAUCGGGCACGUCCAUCUUCCCGCACUGGCGUCGCAAAGCAGCCGAGCGCUCGAGCAACAGUUCCUACGAAGUGCCCUUCUUUUUGAACGCCGCCUAUUAUCCCAAUUGGAGGAUAUACCGGAAACAGCCCCCAUCAGCUCUCCGAUUGGGCUUCAUCUCUCAUAUCUUCUACGCGCCACCCACACAGACAGUUGUUAACCAGCCUGCUUUUCUCAUUCACAGGGUCAAAGAAGAUGGCACCGUCUAUCUCAGUGACGAAUGGGCCGACACCAAGAUGCCCGUCGACGGCACCACCGGCUGCCUGCGGGCCUUUGCGCAGCUCAAACAGCAGUAUUCGAAGAUGAAACUCAUCCUCUCAGUCGGAGGGGGUGGCAAAGGCAGCGAGAACUUUGCCCUGGUGGCCCGCAGUCAGGCCCGCACCGAGACGUUUGUUCGGAGUGCCAGAGCGCUGGUGGAUCAGUUUGGUCUGGAUGGCAUCGACGUGGACUGGGAAUACCCCUCCGACCCACAACAAGGCUCGGAUUAUAUCCGGCUGCUGGCGCGACUGCGCGAGGCCCUUCCAACCCCGCGGUAUGUGCUGGUCUCCUGUCUUCCAGCCGGCCCCUGGGCCCUCCGUAACAUCGACCUCGCCAAGGCGCAACUUUAUCUCGACCUGAUCAACCUCAUGGCGUAUGAUUUCUCCGGGCCCUGGGAGAACCAGACGGGCCAUCAAGCCCAGCUCUUCAGCAAGCACCCCUCAGCCACCUCGUGUCAAACAGCCGUAUCAUAUGUGUUGAGCCAAGGUGUCGACCCCAAGAAGCUUCUCUUAGGCGUUCCCGCCUAUGGCCGCUCGUUCCUGGGUAGCAAUGGCGUCGGCCAGCGGUACGUAGGCUGUGGCGGCGAGGACGGCGUCUUUGACUAUAGCGAGUUGCCGCGACCGGGAGCCAAGGAGCAUCACGAUAGCAGUGUGGGCGCGGCGUACUGUGUGGGCGGCGAUGGCGGGUUCGUCACGUACGACACGCCUCAAACGGUGCAGCAGAAGGCGAAAUUCGUCACGAAGAUGAAACUGGGCGGGUUAUUCUAUUGGCAUAUCGGAGGCGAUGCACGGGGACCUCGAAGUCUGAUCGAAACGGGGUAUAACACUUUGCAUGAUAUGUAG